CUGAAAGGACCCAGAGGAACGUCGGGUCGCGUUCCGCGCCUCGGGGCGGCUCCCUGCGCCUCACCAUGAUCGUGUCGUCCCAGCACCUGGCGGAGGAGCUGCAGCUCUUCGGCCUGGACUGCGACGAGGCGCUGGUUGAGAAGCUGGUGGAUCUGUGCGUUCAGUAUGAGCAGAACGAGGAGGGAAUGGUGGGUGAACUUAUCGCCUUCUGUACCAGCAGGCAGAAAAUGGGCCUCACCUCAGAGAUCCUGACCUCCUUUGAGCACGAGUUUCUGAGCAAAAGAAUAUCCAGAGCCAGACACAAUGCCUCCAAGGACAGUGGGCAUGCGGGAGCUCGGGACAUUGUUUCCAUCCAAGAGCUAAUUGAAGUGGAAGAGGAAGAGGAGACGCUCCUGAACGCUUACACCACACCCUCGAAGGGUUCUCAGAAGCGAGCCAUCGCCACCCCAGAAACCCCGCUCACAAAAAGGAGGGCGUCGGCCCUCAGCCCACAUCAGCUCCUCUCACCGUCAAGCUUCUCCCCCAGCGCCACUCCCUCCCAGAAAUACAACUUGCGGAGCAACCGAGGAGAAGUGGUCGUGUCCUUCGGCUCGGCCCAGGGAGUGUCGUGGUCGGGGCGAGGAGCCACUAACAUCAGCCUGAAGGUCGUGGGGGAUCCAGAGCCACUAACGGGAAGCUACAAAUCCAUGUUCCAGAAGCUCCCAGACAUUCGAGAAGUUUUGACCUGCAAAAUAGAAGAACUGGGCUGUGACCUCAGGGACCAUUACAGGAUCGAGGUGUUCACACCGGUCCUCGCUCCGGCGCAGGAGCCCGUCACUCUGCUGGGCCAGAUCGGCUGUGACAGCAACGGGAAGCUCAACAGCAAGUCUGUGAUCCUCGAGGGAGAUAGAGAACAUUCUUCGGGUGCCCGAAUUCCAGUGGACUUAGCGGAGCUCCAGGACUAUUCCCUGUUCCCCGGCCAGGUUGUAGUGAUGGAAGGAAUCAACACCACCGGCGGCAAGUUUGUGGCCACCAAGCUCUACGAGGGUGUGCCUCUUCCGUUUUAUCAGCCCACCGAAGAAGAUGGAGAUGCUGAACAGAACAUGGUCUUGGUGGCCUGUGGGCCCUUCACCACGUCGGACAGCAUUACCUACGACCCCCUGCUCGACCUCAUCGCUGUUAUCAACCACGACCGGCCGGAUGUCUGCAUCCUGUUCGGACCUUUCCUGGAUGCGAAGCAUGAGCAGGUGGAGAACUGCCUGCUGACGAGUCCCUUUGAAGACAUCUUCAAGCAGUGUGUCCGGACGAUCAUCGAAGGGACCCGCAGCUCGGGCUCACACCUCGUCUUCGUCCCGUCACUGAGAGAUGUGCACCAUGAACCCCUGUACCCGCAGCCGCCCUUCACCUGCCCUGACCUGCCUCCUGAGGACAAGAAGCGCGUGCGGUUCGUGUCGGAGCCCUGCACGCUGUGCGUCGGCGGCGUGACCCUGGGCCUGACGUCCACCGACGUGCUCUUCCACAUGGGCGCAGAGGAGAUCAGCAGAGCUUCUGGAACGUCGGACAGAUUCAGUCGGAUCCUUAAGCAUAUCCUGACCCAGAGGAGCUACUACCCGCUCUACCCGCCGCAGGAAGAGCUGGCCGUGGACUUCGAGCGGUUGUAUGCCUACGCGCAGCUGCCCUUCACCCCGGAUGUCCUCAUCGUCCCGUCGGAGCUGAGGUACUUCGUCAAGGACGUCCUUGGCUGUGUCUGUGUGAAUCCCGGGCGCCUCACCAAAGGGCAGGUGGGGGGCACCUUUGCCCGACUCUACCUCAAGAGGCAGGAGGCCGGGGCCGGGCAGCAGAGGCGCAGCCCCUGUGUCGCCGCCCAGGUGGUCCGGAUCUGAGUUUCGUCCUGCGUCGGCGCAGCAGUGGUGCCGAGCUGACCUCCAGAGCCCAGAAUGC